AUGCCAGCAGAGUGCUCACUGUUUGCCGAGGCAUUUCUGGCGGUGCUCGCUGCCGGUGCUCUCGCAGUACCUAUCAACCUGCGAUGGAGCUUUUCAGAGGCCCAGGGAGCCAUACACUCUGUUGGAGCACAGAUCAUCUUCAUCGACGAGGAAGUGCUGGCCACAUUUGGUGGCCUUGCCCAAGAUCAUGGGCUCCGAUGUAUCAUCCUUGGCGCAUCCUCGCCGGUGACAGGAGCGGAUAUCCAGACAGGAGCGGAUGGAGCGGCUAUGAUCUGCUUCACGUCAGGCACGGCUGGAGCCCCCAAGGGUGCUGUGCUGAGUCAUGCGGCCCUUCACAGUCAGGCAAUUGCGAAGCUCCUGAUGGUGGGCUACAGACGGGAAGAUGUCUAUCUGCACUGCGCCCCUUUGUUCCACAUCGGCGGCAUGUCAUCGAUGCUGGCUGUGCUGGCGGCUGGAGCAACGCAAGUAUUCCAGCCAGUCUUUAGCGCUGCAUCAACCUUGGAUCUGAUAGCGGCGCACAACGUCACAGCCUUCAUAGCAGUGCCUGCCAUGGUCGUCAGCCUGAAUGAAGCAGCGCAGUCACGCCCUGCAGCGCAGGCGCACGCCGUAAAUUCCCAUGGGGAACCCAGCGCUAUGGUGGGCCCGGCACCAGACCUGGCAGCGCAGUCAGCAGGUCCCGCGCACGCGCACCCUUCCCCACGUGGGGUGUGCCCUACUGGCAGUGCACUGACGCGCGUCCAACGCAUACUGCUGGGCGGCGGGGAGUUGCCAGAGCACCUGCAGAGGCGCCUGCGCCUGCUCUUCCCCCGCGCGAUCUGCAUGACCGCGUAUGGCAUGACUGAAGCCUGCUCCUCCAUCACAUUCCGGCCCAUGCAUGCAGAAGCCAGCGGCCCAUUCCCGGAUUACUUACGCACGUCCGCUGCAAGCCGCGGCUCGGCUUCACAAGCAGCAGUCGCCGAGGGCAUCUGUGUGGGGCACCCGCCGCCCGGCAUCGAGGUGGCUGUUCUCUGCAGUGCUGCAUGUGCGGAGUCAGCUGUGGCGAGUGGAGGCUGGGUAGGAGGGGCGGAGCAGGCGGUUACACGAAUAGCCACAUCGGCUGGGGCAGCAGGGGAGGUGCUCACGCGGGGCCCGCAUGUGAUGCUGGGUUACUGGGAUGAUCCGGCCGCGUCUGGUAGGGCGUUCCUGCCGGGGGGCUGGCUAAAAACGGGGGAUUUGGGCGCAUUCGAUGCCGGUGGCGCGCUGUGGCUGCUGGGCCGCCUGAAGGAUGUGGUGCGCAGCGGCAGCGAGAAUGUGAAUGGUGCCGCGGUGGAGCGCGUGCUGCUGCAGCUCGCUGGCGUGGCCGGCGCUGCAGUCGUGGGUCUGCCGCACGACCAGCUUGGGGAGCAGAGCCGAAUGUAA